UUUUCCAGUAACUGUUGGUAGAAAGAGAAGCAAAGAUCGCGUUAACGGUCUGAACGGUAUAAGACAUGAAGAGAUGUUGUUUCAGUUUCAGUUGCUUCAUUCGGAGCUCUCAAAGGUUUAUCAAUCUUUAUCAAUAACCCAGCAAUUGCAUGGUUUGAUUGCCAAGACCCAUCUCUCACUUGACCCAUUUUAUGCCACUAGAAUUCUAAGAUUUUAUGCUAUCAAUGGGGAUCUUUAUGCUGCCCGUAACCUGUUCGAUACAAGUCCUAACCCAAGUGUCUACCUCUGGAAUUCUGUAAUUCGAGCUCACGCUCAAGUUCACAAGUUUGGUGAUGCAUUUUCUCUGUUUCGAAAGAUGUUAAGGACUGAAACCAAACCUGAUAACUUCAUUUAUGCUUGUAUAAUACGUGCUUGCUCUGAGAGACUUGAUUUAGAUGGUCUGAAACUUUCCCAUGGAGCAGUAAUGCUUUCUGGAUUAGGAUUGGACUCUAUUUGUAGCAGUGCACUUGUGACUGCUUAUUCAAAAUUGGCCCUUGUUGAUGAAGCCAGUAGGGUGUUCAAUGGGACACCCAAACCGGAUUUGGUUAUGUGGAAUUCUAUGAUUUCUGCUUAUGGGAAUUGUGGAUUUUGUUAUAAAGGACUGGAACUCUUUAGCAAGAUGCAAAGCAUGGGGGCAAAGCCAGAUGGAUAUACUCUUGUUGGUUUGCUUUCUGGUUUAGCAGAGUCUUGCCUGUUGAAUAUUGGACAAGGAUUACAUGGUUAUUGUUUGAAAAGUAAUCUCGAUUCUAAUGCUCAUGUUCGUAGUGUACUCGUGAGCAUGUACUCAAGAUGUGAGUCCAUGAAUUCUGCUUAUGAAGUUUUUUAUGGUUUAAUCCAGCCUGAUUUAGUUACAUGGUCAGCUUUGAUAACUGGAUAUUCACAGUCUGGAGACUAUGAAAGCACAUUUUCCUUCUUCAAGAAAUUCAGUUUGGAAGGUAAGAAGGCCGAUUCUGUUUUGAUUGCCAGUUUGUUGGUUGCUGCUGCUCAGAUGGCAAAUGUAGGGCCUGGUAAGGAAAUUCAUGCAUAUUGUCUUCGACAUGGACUAGAGUCAGAUGUCAUGGUUUGCUCUGCUCUGAUAGACAUGUAUAUGAAGUGUGGUUUUGUGGGCUUGGGGAAUUCUGUUUUUUCCAUUAUGCCUAAAAGGAAUAUUGUUUCAUACAAUUCAUUGAUUUUAGGUUUUGGGUUGCAUGGACUUGCCUUUCAGGCCUUUAAAAAGUUUGAGGAGAUACUAGAGACUGGAUUAUUACCUGAUGAUUCUACUUUCUCUGCUCUUCUAUGCACAUGCAGUCAUGCUGGCCUUGUCAAAGAUGGAAGGAGUAUUUUCAAAAGAAUGACUGAUGAGUUUUGCAUCCAACCUAGAGCUGAACAUUAUGUUCACAUGGUAAAACUUCUUGGAAUGGAUGGAAAAUUAGAAGAGGCUUACAGUCUUGUUCUAUCCUUGCCAGAACCAGUGGAUUCUGGCAUUUGGGGAGCCCUUUUAUCAUGCUGUGAUGCCUGUGGAAAUCCUAAGAUGGCAGAAAGUGUAGCACAAAGACUCAUAGGAAAUAAUCCUGAGAGUUGUUCUUAUAGAGUCAUGCUUUCUAACAUAUAUGCUGGUUACGGGAAGUGGGAUGAUGUGGGGAAGUUAAGAGAUGAUCUAACAGGUGGUAAACUCAGGAAGAUGCCUGGGCUAAGCUGGAUUGAAGGCAUUAAUACCCUCUAGAUCAAAUUUUCUUCGUAUCAGGUCUUGGAUACAUUCAUUGACAACCUAUCUGGUCAGCAAAGAAGACAUUUGAGAGGCAAAUAACCGGAAAGAAUCUUGCUUUUGGGGCCAUAAAUGGCUUCGGUAUAUUUUUCUCAUCAUACCUACUGGUUCUAUGUGCAAUUCUUUGGUGAUUCAUUGUGAAAGAAAGGUCAGGUUUCAACCGUUCUGCAUGAUCAUCCAACAAGGGCAGCAUACGCAACUCCCUCAGCGUUGUGACAAACUGCAAACCUUCAGGUAGCAUCCUCAGCUGUAGACAGUUAUGCAAGUUAAGGUAUUUCAAGCUAGGUAGUG